GAGAGUCCUCUAGGUUUAAGGUCAAAGCAAACACCAGUCUUGCCUCACAUUUAGUUCUCAACAUCCUCACCUCGCUCUAGGAUAGUAUUUCACCUAUUCUCAGUGAAGAAUAGGAAUCAAACACACAACUGGCAUGUAUCCACGACAAGUUUAUGAACUGUCUAAAGGCUGUAUUGCGUUCUUUAUUCUCCUCUCAGUUAUUGCCCUCUUUUGUAUGAUUACUCAUUUCAAGGUUCUUCUUGCAAUGAUCAGGUCAUGCUGUGGUAGAAGAAAGUUGUCAGAGGAAGAAAACAUGGAAACAAGUGAGCAGGACACCAACCCUCAUGCGAGUGUUAAAAAAAGCCCACCUACAGAAAAACAACCUUAUCCAAUGGAAAAAAUGAGUUCUGAUGGCCAAGAGAAUAAACCAGCAUACACCACUCCUCCAAGGACUGCUGACCAUGGGCUAAGUGACACCCCCUCUGCUCAUACUGCCACGAUGGAGUAUGUUAAUGAAGCCUUUGUUGAGCGAGUUUGAAAAUUAAGCACAUUAUAAAGCAAUUAUAGAUAAAUUUUGUAUAAAUAAAAUAUUCACA